UUUACAGAGUACAGUCAUGCCUGAGGUACUAGUUGAGGAAGCCAGGCGGUUCAUGGAGGACAGCCUCACGGCUGUAGGCGCCCCUGUAUCCGAAGCGAAAGCGCAAGCUGAUCUUCUAAUCCAUGCCGAUACAGUCGGACAUUACAGUCACGGACUUAACAGAUUGGAAUUCUAUAUAAACGAUAUCCUGUCAAAAGCAACAGAUCCUUGUGCAAAGCCGGUGAUAUUGAAAGAGUCGGCUGCGACCGCUCUGGUGGACGGUUGCGACGCUUUAGGUGCUACUGUCGGAAACUUCUGUAUGGAUGUCGCGAUAAGGAAGGCGAAGGAAGCGGGAGUAGGAUGGGUGGCUGCCAGACGUAGCAAUCAUUACGGUAUGGCUGGAUACUGGGCAUUGAAAGCGGAAAAACAGGGUCUCAUAGGGCUGUCGUUUACAAACUCUUCUCCGAUAUUAGUACCGACUAGAUCUAAAACAAGUGCAUUGGGUACAAAUCCCAUAGCCUUGGCCGCUCCAGCUAAAAACGGCGAUAAUUUGGUUGUCGAUUUAGCUACAACAGCGGUUGCUAUGGGCAAAGUUGAAAUACAAGUACACAAAGAGGAGCCGUUGCCAGCUGGUUGGGCUCUAGGCCCAGACGGAAAAACUACCACUGAUGCUAAAUUGGCUUUCGAAACAGCUAAACUCCUGCCGCUGGGAGGUGCUGAAGAGACCAGUGGUUACAAAGGGUAUGCUUUGAGCGCCCUUGUUGAAGUACUAUGCAGUGGAUUAUCGGGAUCUAAAUCGACGCAUCAAGUCCGUGGUUGGGAACUGGACAGUCAAGGCGGACCUCCGGAUCUGGGGCACUGCUUCGCGGCCAUCGACCCGGGCUGCUUCGCUCCUGGCUUCGAAGACAGGAUCUCGAACUGCUUACAGCACUGGAGGAACUUAGAACCGAUGGACCCUAAGCUCCCCGUACUAGCACCAGGAGACAAAGAACGCAAGAACUACGCGGAAACUCAGAAGAGAGGAACCAUAAACUACCCUCAGAAACAGUACGAAGCUUACUUCAAAAUGGCGAAUCGAAUCGGAAUAAAACCAAUGCAGAUAGUGUGAUCGUACUGAUUUUUAAUUAUACUGUGGUAUGUUUGUACGGUGGUUAAUUAUUAAUUUAAAAAAAACAACUUGAACCAAAUGCAGAGUGCGUAACA